GGAAGCGGAAGCGGCGAGAAAGUGUCGGUCUCCAAGAUGGCGGCCGCCUGGCCGUCUGGUACGUCUGCUCCGAAGGCCGUGACGGCCAGACUCGUUGGUGUCCUGUGGUUCGUCUCAGUCACUACAGGACCCUGGGGGGCUGUUGCCACCUCCGCCGGGGGCGAGGAGUCGCUUAAGUGCGAGGACCUCAAAGUGGGACAAUAUAUUUGUAAAGAUCCAAAAAUAAAUGACGCUACGCAAGAACCAGUUAACUGUACAAACUACACAGCUCAUGUUUCCUGUUUUCCAGCACCCAACAUAACUUGUAAGGAUUCCAGUGGCAAUGAAACACAUUUUACUGGGAACGAAGUUGGUUUUUUCAAGCCCAUAUCUUGCCGAAAUGUAAAUGGCUAUUCCUACAAAGUGGCAGUCGCAUUGUCUCUUUUUCUUGGAUGGUUGGGAGCAGAUCGAUUUUACCUUGGAUACCCUGCUUUGGGUUUGUUAAAGUUUUGCACUGUAGGGUUUUGUGGAAUUGGGAGCCUAAUUGAUUUCAUUCUUAUUUCAAUGCAGAUUGUUGGACCUUCAGAUGGAAGUAGUUACAUUAUAGAUUACUAUGGAACCAGACUUACAAGACUGAGUAUUACUAAUGAAACAUUUAGAAAAACGCAAUUAUAUCCAUAAAUAUUUUUUAAAAGAAACAGAUUUGAGCCUCCUUGAUUUUAAUAGAGAACUUCUAGUGUAUGGAUUUAAAGAUUUCUCUUUUUCAUUCAUAUACCAUUUUAUGAGUUCUGUAUAAUUUUUUGUGGUUUUUGUUUUGUUGAUUUAAAGUAUAUUAUUGUGAGAUUUAUUUAAUAGGACUUUCUUUGAAAGCUGUAUAAUAGUGUUUCUCGGGCUUCUGUCUCUAUGAGAGAUAGCUUAUUACUCUGAUACUCUUUAAUCUUUUACAAAGGCAAGUUGCCACUUGUCAUUUUUGUUUCUGAAAAAUAAAAGUAUAACUUAUUCACA